GUUAAAUUUCUGGGGAGAUUUAGGGUUUGGGUUUGGGCACCUGCUUGUUAGACUAAAAAGAAAAGAAGAGACGAAGGGAGUAACAGCGGGAGAAAUGUCGAAGAAGAAUAGCCUUUCUAAGAGGAAAGUACAGCACGAAUUUGAACUCAAAAGGGAAAAGGAAGAAAAAGAAAAGAAGGCAAAGAAGCUUCAUGCUAAGAAGAAUAAGAUGAAAGUUGAUGGGGGUAAUAAGAAAAAGAAAGGUGCAGGUGGGUUUCAGGUAGGAAAGAGGAAAGUAAAGACCAAAUUGUCAGCAUUGGCCAAAGCUAAAGCUGAACAGGCUAUGGAGGUUGACAAAUAAGGUUCGAUUCCAAAAGUUCUCAUUAAACGUAUACUAGUUAGGAAGAGGAUAACAGUGGCACUGAAAUUUGUCCUACAAUUUGUAAUUUAGAUGGGAAAUGUUUCUUUUUUUUUAUUUAAUUGCAAGAGUUUUCUUUGUCCUGACAAUUUUUUUACUAAUGAAAAAUACUGAGUGGAAGUUUUGGAA